CAGUUGGGCCUGAGAACGCGGAAGAGUGGGAGUGGGAAUAAUAUAGAGCCUACCAUCCUUUGUUUAUCAUCAUGAGUGAACCUUAAAUGUGGUUGCUACAACAAUCAUAGCCCCUUCAUUUUGUUUCUUAUAUGUGCGAAACAGAAGCUUAGCGCACAUAGUGUUGUCGACAAAAUAUCCUAAAGCUAAAUCUGCACCCUGCUGUGCCAAAUUGAGCCUGUAGAGGGCGAUGUCUGACAACAGCAACAGCACAGGCAGCAGUGGCUCCUCAACCAACAGCUGGACCCUCCUCUCCCCCGAGGAAGCGGCUCUUGAGAAUGUUGGGCCGAUAGACGACGGCACAGAGAGCCUGGGUGACGUCCCGAGUCUCUCUGAGGAGGUGGCAGGAGCUGCUUUGGAGUUCAAACCAAGUGACAUUUCAAUAGAAACUGUCCUGUCUGAAGAAGGCCAUCAGACCUCAUGUUCUUACUUACUGCCCACAUGUAGACAACGUGACGAUAUUCAUUUCCAGCAUACAGUGUGUCAAGAGACCUCUCCAGAGUCCAGUGAGGGUCCCAUUCCUUCUAGUCCUCCCCGGAUGAGUCCUCUUCCACCCAACUCUCUUGACCCUCCAGACCUCGACUUGGAGAGUCAGGCUCCAGUCAUCCAUGACAUCGUAACCAGCUCCCCCAGUGACAAUGAGCACCUCGGAGCCACACCUUUUGUCACCAGCAUUGAUUUGGGGGCUCCAAUCGAUAUUCCUGCUGCUGAACUCCUGCCAGCUGAGCCUGAGGAGUCCUGCUCUGCACCUCCCCUGACUGAGAUCCCUGUCUCUACAGAACAAGCACAUGACAUGCCUGCUGAUAUCGGGCUCAUUCCUGCUAGCCCUGCUAGGGAGAGUCCUGUCUUCACUGCUGAACCUGAGGUCAACAUCCCCGCAGAGACCCUUACAGCCACUGAGCCUCCCUGUCAUGUUGAAGCUGAUAUCAGCUUCGCUCCAGAGUGUACAGAGCCGCCAAGCCAAGUCCCGGAGAGUCUGGCGACAGAAAGCUCCAUCAAUGAUAGUCCUGCACCAGAGACUGUUGGUUCAGGAGAGGCAGAUGAGGAGGCAGCUGUGGAAGAGGAGGAGAUGGAGCCAUCUGAGACAGUGACCCAGGAUGAGAGAGAAGAAGAAGAAGAAGAAGAAGAAGAAGAAGAAGAGCCAUCCAGUAGUUUUGAUUUGGGCAACACAAGCAGCUUUGAUGAUGGACUGAGGAGGAGGAAUGCCCCCUCCUUUGAGGCACCACGGCCAAGAACAUCAGAUGAGGAAGAUGAGGAAGAAGAAGUGGAGUUCAAGCUGGCAGAGAAGAAAAAGGAAAAGCCAUGGCUCUCCUUGAACAAAUGCAUUGUGGGUGCUUUGAUCCUGCUCUUCUUAGGUUCCCUCUUCCUCUCAGGUUUCCUCUCUGACCUGGAUAAUGGUGACUUUGACGCCUCUGAACUGAGUGAUGGAGAACAAAGCCAGGACUGGCUUAGCAGUGAUCCACAGGAUAUGAAAGAGCUUUUGGAUAAACUGACACAGGAAAACCAACAAAUCGCUCAGCUAGAGGCUCAACUACAGUCUCAGAAAGAAGAAUUUGACUCAGCUCUGAAGGCAGUAGCAGCAAGCGGUGAUGAAAAGGGUCGAGCAGAUAUGGAAAAAGAAAACACAAAGCUGAAGGAGGAACUGUCAUCUCUGCCUGAGCUGAAGAAAGAGCUGGAGAGUCUGAGGGCCAGGGUGACCGAACUCAGCCAGCUCACAGCUGAUCAGGAAAUGCCUCCGGCUACCUCAAGCUCUGCCCCUCAGCCUGGUGACGAAGAUGGUAGUAACCAGAAAGCAGCUGGACCUGAUAGGAGGAAGGAGGGAGGAAGGCUGAAGGAAGAACUCCAGAGGCAGAAAGGUCUUUUGGAGGAGAGCAGGAAGAGAUUGGAAGGGAUGAAAAAAGAUGGAGGCGGCAGGAAACGAGUGAGGGAUAGUUUGGAGGAGAUCCAGAAGAAGCUUUCUGAACAAGUUGAGAGGUGGGGUAAGAAGAAGCCACAGGAGUCCAAAUGGAAAGGGAACAAGGGCAAAACCAAUGAGAGGGACCACUGGAAGAAAGAAGAAAAGAAAAAUAAAGAGUUGAGAGGAGAGAAAGACUGGAAGCACAACAAAGAGGGAGGAUGGAAGGACAAAGAAGAGAAGAAGGAGAAGGAGUGGAAGCCUCAGAAGCAAAACUCUCACAAAGAGGCGUGGAGGAAACAGCAGGACGAGUGGGAGAGGAAGAAGGUGGCGCGCAGAAUGGACAGAGAGGAGAGGAGGAAGGAGAAACCGUGGCACAGCCAGCCUGAUAAGAACUCCCACAACCAUCAUCAGCACCAGCAUCACCAUCACCAGCCCCGUCAGCCUUAUCAGCACAACCAAAACGGCUUCUGGAGAGACCAGGAACAGAAGCUCAGGCGCAACAUCCGCCCCCAGCUGGGCUGCAGCUCUGUGGAGGACUGCGCCAGCAACGAGGGGCUCUACCCAGUGGAGCUGUCCGAGUUUGAGGAGCUGCUGGAGGGCUACCUGAGCAAGCUUGAAGGAUCUUCAUCUGAGAGCAAGGACAAGAUAAGGAAGCUGACUGCCGAGUUCUUUGAGGACGGCGUGUUUAUCCACGACAGGGUUCUUUUCACUGACUUUGCAGAGGAUGUGGCGGACAUUCUGGAGGACAUGGUGGACGUUUUAGAGGACGGUGGGCAGAAGGACGACGACUCCCUGGAGGAGGAGAUGGAGGAGUUUGAACGAGAAGCCCUGUGGAAGUUUGCCGCCACAGCUUAAAUAGACAAAGAGGGGAAAAGGAGUCAAAUACAACACUAAGAUACAGCAUAAGUGGUGGUUUUAUAGGACAUUUCUUGCCUACGUUCUCCUCUUCAGAGCUGUAAUUGUAGUAGCUUCUGGUACAGAGUGGUUGUGCCUCUCAUAAAUGUGUCCCUCUGAGUCUUUAAUUAUAAGCUAGACUUGUACUUGUCAUUUUGGACUUAGUUAUUGUUACCUACCUCUGUCAGGUCAUGCCUCCUAACGCGAAAUCAGUAGUGUGUUGUGUGGAUUUUCCUCUGCUGUAUAGUGUUUUCUCAAUACGUCGUGCAUGUUGCAGUUCAUAAUGUAAAUUCAAACUGAUAAUAUUCAGAUCACACAAAAAAACUGGGCUUUAAGGAGAUGGUAUUUGCAAACAAUUCUGCUGAGCACCAGUGCAAUGGUUAAAUAUAUUCAUACAAUUCAUAUAGUAUUAGAAUAGUUGUCAGUUACAGAAAGACAUGUUAAAUUGACUGUUUAAUACUUUUCUGUCAUUUGACUUUCUGCCUUCUAUGUGAAAACAACCUGCCACUACUCCAAACAGGUUAAAACAAAUGCUGAGAAAUGUUUUGCAGAUACCAUUUGCCUCAUGUCAGGUGUAACUGUCCAAUCCCAGAGGAUGAGAUCCUGGUUCUUUCAGUGAUAAGAAUCAGAUCAGGUCAGACCAGUUUUGUGUCAGCAGCUUUUUAGGAGCUUUGGGCAAACGCACACAGGGUGCUGUUUGAGAGCCCUGAGCUUUUGGUUUCUACACUUGAAUAGACUUUUCAUCCUCCGACUCCCAACUGUCAGUUGACGGCAGAGGGUGGAACAACCAGGAACCAGUUUGUGAAACAUUAUUGCUGCUCAAAAAAAAAGCAAUAGGACAAAGUGAUAGCCAUAGCUUAAUUUAUGAUUGCUAAACCACUUUAGCACUUUUCUCAAACAUUCACAUUUACAAUUAUUUUUCCUCACUUUUCACUUCUAUUAUGUUUCAUUAGACCAUUAGUUCUCUCUAACAUUUUUUACAAUGUAGCCAUGGGGACCUCCAGCAUAUGAUCUACAUAUGCUGGGUAUCCAAGAGCAUUCAGAGUAAGAAGUAUAGAGUUUCGUGAUCUGUAGUAAUCCCCAAAGUGUUUCAUUUAGUUAAUUUGUUAAUUUGCCAUAAAUGAAAUUGGCAACCAAACCAGUAUUUCUUUUUUCCAUUGUCCUCUUAUUUUGUUGUCAGGUUGAUGUUAAGUGACAUGCAAAAUGAUGAAGCUGUUGCAUUUAGUUUUUCAAAUGAGUUGAAUGAGCCAGGCUAAAGGUAAAAUAAGACACAAAUCCAAGUCCAUUAAGUAUUGCAGAACUGCUUUCCAGCAUGGGUACUUCUUUGAGACAAAAUAAUUAUUUGUUUUGGUUUUUUUUUGUUUUUGUUUGAUUCUAGUCAUAUUUGAUAAUGAAGUUUUCCCUCUUUAGGUGGAUGUUAAAAUCGACAGAUUCUGAUUGUUGGUUCUCAUUCUUCAGCGGUUGAAAGAAGCUUUGAAGUGUUUCAUGUUUAUUUAUUCUGUCAGUACACUGCAACUCUUUUCCUUAUUUUUAACGAGAAGAACCACAGACUUUGUCCCAGGCCAUACACAUUGAAUGUGUGGAAAUGGUGAAGUUUCAUUUAGGUUUUCAGAAAUUUAGUUUGCCAGCUACUGCUUACGUGCCUUUAUUAUUAUAAAUAUGUUAGAUUGGACAGGAGGUUUCAGAUUUCAUUUGCUUCUGCAAGAAUAAGAAAACAAGUUUAAGGAUUGCACUACUCGCAAUUUUACUGCUGUUUAUAGGGCAGAUAGUGAAUGUCAUAGGGUUUACACAAGUGUUGAACAGAUUUUUGUUAAACGUUCUCUGCUGUUUAUUCAGAGGAACUUUUUUUUUUAGGUUUUUAGACCAAAGGGAUUGGGAGAAAGCUUAAUUUCAACAAAUGAAUCCUUUUAAUGAAACACAUUUAUGAACGUUUAAUCAAUAUUUGAGAGUUGUUUUUGUCUUUGUGGGACAACAGUAGGGCUCCGUGCUUGUACUAAUAAUGUAGGAACUGGCUUGGAUGUGCAUGUAAUUGAUCCCUGGACAAAUGUAUUGAUAAUUGUGGAUCAUUUUUAAUUUUUUUCCAUCCUCAGUUAUGUCCUAUUUUAGGAAGUCAGUGUUAUGUUCAAUAAAUUUUUCACUAUUGAA